UAAAGCGGUUGAAUCGCAUUUUCAAUAUAUAUUGCCACCUUAAAGAGAAGGAAGCUGCAAAUCUUCAGACCAAUUUAAGAAGCUGAACAAGUGAAGAAGAGGCGCUGCGCCGCUAACGUAUCCAUUUGUCACGUGACCCCGAGCCAUUUAUUGGUCGCUAUCCUAGGGGAAGAUCGUGUGUCAUAGCUCAUUCGACCUAUAUCCUGUCGUCCUGACUAAUUUCGUAUCACUCACGGCUCAGUCACGCAUCGAGUUAUCCAUGUUCGUCAAACUAAACGUGGUAGACAUUUGACUGGGUGCUCGAUAAUCAUGGGAAAAAAGAAAUGCCUUCUACUAAAAGCAAUCAUAUCUUGGUUUCUUUUGCAAUUCUGUGCCUUUACAGUUUUCAGUUGGACAAUAGAUGACCCAGAGUACAAUGCUGUCAUUGAUGCAGAAGUCGAGUUGCCUUGCAACAUUACACCGCCAUCACCAGAUGACAGCAUUGCAUUGGUUCUAUGGUAUAGAGGAGAUUCUGGGAAUCCCAUUUACAGUUUAGAUGCCCGGAAUCAACCUACAGGUGAGCCAAAACAUAUUGCAAGCGAGAUACUAGGAUCUCGUGCUACUUUCAAUCAUACAGCGAAACCAGCUUACCUGCAAAUAAAACCUAUUGUCGAUGGAGAUGCCGGAGAAUAUCGGUGUCGUGUCGACUUUAAAAGAGCAAGAACGACGAAUAAAGCUAUGAAACUUAAUGUUAUAGUGCCUCCUGAGAAAAUACUUAUCUACAAUAAUGAAAAUAAAAGUAUGAUCGGACCAUUUCGUGAAAAUUCAAAUUUAAACCUCACCUGUGAAGUCAGAGGAGGAAGUCCAUCUCCAUCGGUAAUCUGGUGGCGUGAGUCGACCGUGGUCGACGAUAGUUAUUCUAGAAUAGAACGAGGUUUGGUCAUCAAUGAAUUAUUGGUGACGAAUUUGAAAAGAGACGAUUUAUUGUCCGUUUACGUGUGCCAGGCGUCCAAUACAAAUCUAACGGUGCCAAUAUCUACAUCAGUCACCAUAGACCUUAACUGUAAGCAUCUAAUGAACCAUUUAAUUUUUAAAUAAAUUAAUAUUUUUAAAAUAUUUAUUAUUAUUU